AUGUUUUCUUAUUUUCUCACUCACUCUUUUCUUUUCCUCUGUUUCUCAGUAUUUUUCCACACAUUCUUUUUCAUCUACCCCCCUCUCUCUCUCUCUCUCAUCUUUUCUCUUUCUUUCCGCAUUCGCUCUCUCUCUCUCUCUCUCUGUCUUUCCUCUUCUCUUUCUUUUCAAAUUCUCGCUUUUUUCACUUCUCUUUUUUCAAGAUUCUCUCUCUCUCUUAAUUUCCCCAUUCUCUCUCUAUCGCGCGCCUUCUCUUCCUUUUCCCUUUCUUUUUUCUCCUCUUCUCUGUAUUUCACUUUCUCUCUCCUCUUCUCUUUCUUUUCACUCUCUGUCUCUUUUCUUCUCUUUCUUUUCAAACUCACGCUUUCUCCUCUUCUCUUUCUUUCAAGAGUCUCUCUCCUUUUCUCUUUCUUUCAAGAGUCUCUCUCCUUUUCUCUUUCUUUCAAGAGUCUCUCUCCUCUUCUCUUUCUUUCAAGAGUCUCUCUCCUCUUCUCUUUCUUUCAAGAGUCUCUCUCCUCUUCUCUUUCUUUCAAGAGUCUCUCUCCUCUUCUCUUUCUUUCAAGUCUCUCCUCUUCUCUUUCUUUUCGAUUUGAUUCAAUCCUUUUCUCUUUCUUUACACUUUCUCUCUACUCCUCUCCUUAUUUCCUUUAUCUCUCUCUCUCUUCUCUUUCUUUUUUCCUUUCUCUCUCUCUCCCCUCUUUUCACUUUAUCUCUCUCUCUCCUCUUCUCUUUCUUUUCUUUCUCUCUCCCCUCUCUUUUCACUUUAUCUCUCUCUCUCUCUCCUCUUCUCUUUCUUUUCACUUUCUCUCUCUCCCCCUCUUUUUCACUUUAUCUCUCUUUCUCUCUCUCCUCUUCUCUUUCUUUUCACUUUCUCUCUCUCCCCCUCUUUUUCACUUUAUCUCUCUCUCUCUCUCCUCUUCUCUUUCUUUUCAUUUUCUCUCUCUCCCCCUCUUUUUCACUUUAUCUCUCCUCUUCUCUUUCUUUUCACUUUCUCUCUCCCCCCUCUUUUCACUUUAUCUCUCUCUCUCUCUCCUCUUCUCUUUCUUUUCAUUUCUCUCUCCCCUCUUUUUCCUUUAUCUCUCUCUCUCUCCUCUUCUCUUUCUUUUUCUUUCUCUCUCUCUCCCCUCUUUUUUCACUUUCUCUCUCUCUCUCUCCUCUUCUCUUUCUUUUCACUUUCUCUCUCUCCCCCUCUUUUUCACUUUAUCUCUCUCUCUCUCCUCUUCUCUUUCUUUUCAUUUUCUCUCUCUACCCUCUUCUUUUUUCUCUUUCACUCUCUUUUUCUUUUUACUUUCUCUCUCUCCCCCUCUUUUUCGCUUUCUCUCUCUCCUUUUUCUUUUCCGUUUCUCUCUCUUCUUUGUCUCCACCACCCUCUCUCUCUCCCUCUCGCUCCCUCUCUUUCCCUCUCUCUCUCCCACUCACUCUCUCUCACUCUCUCUCUCCCGCUCUCUCCCUCUCUCUCCCCUCUCCUCCUCUCUCUCAGUCCCUCUCUCUCCCUCUAGCUCCUUUUCUCCCUCUCUCUCCCUCUCUCUCUCUCUCGCUCCCUCUGUCCCUCUCUCUCCUUCUCUCUCCCUCCCUCUCUCUCCCUCUCUUUCCCUCUCUCUCUGUCUCCCCCUCUCCCUCUUUCCCUCUCUCUCUCGCUCUCUCUCCAUCUCCCCCCUCUCCCUCUUUCUCUCUCUCCCUCUUUCUCUCUCUCCCUCUUUCUCCCUCUUUCUCUCCCUCUCAUUCCUUCUCUCUCCCUAUCUCCCCUCCCUCCUCUCUCUCCCUCCUUCUCCUCUCCCCUCCUUCUCCCUCUCCCUCCCUCUCCCUCUCUCUUUAAAUCUAAUAUCCUCUUUUAUCACUCCUUCUCUUUCUUCACUUUCCCUUUCUCCUCUUCCACUCUCUUUCCAUUUUCUUUCUUUCCUCCUCUCUCAUUUCUCCCAUUUUCUUUUAUUUUGUUUUCUCUCUCUUAUUCUCUCUCUUCAAACUUUCUUGAUUUCUUCUCUUUCCUUUCUCUUUUUCUAUCACUUUCCCUUCUAUCUCUUUCCAAUUCUCUCUCGCCUUCCCUAUAUCCCUUUUUCAACUUUCUCCCUUUCUCUCUCUCUCUCUCUCCUUCUCUCUGUGUGUUUCUCUCUCUUCUCUUCUCUUCUCUUUCUUUCUCUCUUUCAACUUUCUUUUCUCUCCUAUUUUUCUUGUUCUUUCUUUCCAUUUUCUCUCUUCUCUCUCCUUCUCCCUCUCACACCCUCUUUUUUCUUUAUCCCUUUCCUCUCCUCUUCCUUUUGCUUCUCCUUUUCCUCCCUUUCAUUCUCCUUUUUAUUCAUCCCUUUCCUCGUCUCUCUCUCAUUUUCCUUUAACCCUUUCCUCUUCUUUCUCCUUUCCUUCUCUUUUUCCUUCUCCUUUUCCUUUAUUUAUUUCCUUUUCUCUCUCCUUUCCUUCUCUAUCCCUUUCCUCAUCUCUCUCUCAUUUUCCUUUAACCCUUUCCUCUUCUUUUCUCCUUUCCUUCUCUUUUUCCUUCUCCUUUUCCUUUAUUUAUUUCCUUUUCUCUCUCCUUUCCUUCUCUAUCCCUUUCCUCAUCUCUCUCUCAUUUUCCUUUAA